CACCCAAACCAAAUUCAAUCAUCUUAUAGUAGUGAAUUUUCCAACAGUUUACAUCGCCACAUGAAACUCUUCUUAAUCGUCAAUACGUCUCAUCAUUAGCUCUGUUUUUUCUCCACAGAAACAAAAAUCAAAUCAAACCCAAUUCCCUUCUCCCUUCAUUCCAUCAAUGGCAGCCAGAAUCCAAGCCAAUGCCAAUAGUAACCAGGCUCUUCUUCUGGGUCGAUACGAGAUCGGAAAACUUCUUGGCCAUGGAACCUUCGCUAAGGUCUAUCUCGCCCGUAAUGUCAAAACCAAUGAAAGCGUAGCCAUCAAAGUUAUUGACAAAGAAAAGAUUCUUAAGGGUGGCCUUAUUGCUCACAUCAAGCGUGAAAUUUCCAUUCUCCGCCGUGUUCGCCAUCCUAAUAUAGUUCAGCUUUUUGAGGUAAUGGCUACUAAGGCCAAGAUCUAUUUCGUCAUGGAAUACGUCCGCGGAGGUGAAUUGUUUAAUAAGGUUGCUAAAGGAAGGUUAAAAGAGGAGGUGGCUAGGAAAUAUUUCCAGCAAUUGAUUUCUGCAGUGUCAUUUUGUCAUGCCAGGGGCGUGUUUCAUCGAGAUCUAAAGCCGGAAAAUCUUCUGCUUGAUGAGAAUGGUGACUUGAAAGUCUCCGAUUUUGGCCUUAGCGCGGUCUCCGAUCAGAUUAGACAAGAUGGUUUGUUUCAUACUUUCUGCGGGACGCCUGCAUAUGUUGCACCGGAGGUUCUGGCGAGAAAAGGGUAUGAUGCUGCGAAAGUGGACAUCUGGUCAUGUGGGGUGAUUUUGUUUGUGCUAAUGGCUGGUUACUUGCCAUUCAAUGACCAGAACAUCAUGGCCAUGUACAAGAAGAUCUAUAAGGGUGAGUUUCGGUGUCCUAGAUGGUUCUCGCCGGAGCUCGUUAGACUUCUCUGGAGGCUUCUUGACACAAACCCUGAAACUCGAGGCACAAUGCCCCAGAUAAUGGAGAAUAAGUGGUUCAAAAAGGGGUUCAAACAUAUCAAAUUCUUUAUUGAGGACGAUAAAGUUUUUAGUUUUGAAACUGAGGGACAACUGGAUGAUGCCGAUUCAUCCUCUGAUCAAUCACUGUCUGAAUCAGAACCUGAAAUGGAAACUCGAAGAAGAAUUACAUCAUUACCUAGACCUGCAAGUUUGAAUGCUUUUGACAUUAUAUCCUUCUCGCCUGGGUUUAAUUUAUCUGGGUUGUUUGAAGAAGGUGGUGAGGAGGGAGCAAGAAUUGUUUCUGGUGCUCCUGUAUCCAAGAUUAUAUCAAAGCUGGAGGAAAUUGCUAAACUUGUAAGCUUUACAGUGAGGAAAAAGGAUUACAGAGUGAGCUUGGAAGGGUCCAGGGAAGGUGCCAAAGGCCCAUUAACAAUUGCAGCUGAGAUAUUCGAGUUAACGCCAAAACUAGUGGUGGUGGAGGUUAAGAAGAAAGGAGGGGAUCAAGGAGAGUACGAGGAGUUCUGUAGCAAGGAAUUGAAACCUGGGUUGCAGAUGUUGACGCAGGAAGAACCUGAAAUUGUUGCCACUGCUUCUUCACAGUCCCUUCCUGAACAUUCACACCUUUUUUCUGCAACUUCAGAUACUGAAUAGAGAGGGAAAAGAAAAGGGUAUGCUUUUUUUUUCCUCUCCUCUUUGCUAAUUUGCUAUGCUAAAUCAUUGUAUUAUUUUGAUUUUUCUGUCAUUCUUGAUCAACUGCUAAUAUAUUACAUAUCUUCAUCAAUGUAUCGAGAAAGAGUAGAUUAGAUGUAUAGUUGCAAUAUGAUCUUCACUAACUUCAAUAACGAGUUGGAUUCUUCUAAUGAUAAAAGUGGAAUCAUUUGAAUUUUCUUUUCUUUCUAAGCAAUGUUGCAGCUUUUUUCUUACAAGAGUUUGAAACAAUGCGACAUUCUUUUAAUUGGCAGAAUUAUAAUUUGAUACUGAAGAAAAGUGUCUAUAAGAAAUUAUUCAGUGCACUAGCUGGAGUUUUUGAAUUUUAUACAAGUGAAGACUCUUGAUUGAAACUAUAGUUUCCCAAUCAGCAAAAAGAGAUUUUGUUUUGUAAUUCUAGUUUUAUAAAGAACAUCAUGUUUAGUUGCAACCUUUCUGAACCAGUUGUUGGCUUUGUCCUUGUGCAUUUACCUUCCAAUGAUUUGGGGACUUGGAUACGUAUCCAUGGAAUUUGUCUUUGAAAUUCCGGUUAAAGCCACCUAAAAUGGCCCAAUGAUGAUAUGUAAGGGCCAGGUUGGUAUGCGAAAUGGGGAUCACUAACGUGAAACCAUGAUGUGUUGCUUCGCCUUAGGUUAAGGUUGGCCAGCGAAGGUUACAGCUUGGCACUUGGAUGACUAAAUAUAAAUGUGCAGUUAUUUCUACAAAUUAUACCAUCCAUCCAGUAUGCUGCAUAUAUACAUUUUCACUCAUAAAAAAUUAUGUGAUGGAGAAUAUAAAUCAUUACCUACUUUAAAAUAAAAAUAACUAAAUACCCUUAUGAUCACCUGUCCCUCUCAUCAGUCAUCAAACACUGAAAUUAUGUGAAGAAAUAAUUAUAAUAAUAAUAAUUGAUGUUAUGAAAUAAAAUAGGAUUUUUGAGUGUGUAAAGUUUUUUUUUUUUAAUUUUUUAGUGAUGUAUAAUCGUUAUUCUGCUAUACUGUCAUAUAUCUCAAUCAUGCAGAGUCGUAUGUACGGAUGUAUCUGUCUGUCCAUUUUCGUCAACGGCUAUUUAAUUUCUUUUCUUAGCGUGUGGUGGUGGAGCUGCGGCGUAGUUGGACCUGCUCUUCUAUUCCCGUCACACCAGACGAGUUAGACUCUUUUUUGGUAGGUACGGGCCCUCGGACAACCUGACCUAAUUUAGGUGCGGAUUAGAUCUCGUCCUCGACUUGAAUAUUAGAGACUAACUAUCAUCAAAAACCAACAAUCAUUAAUUAAUGUCAGAGACCAACAUCAUCAAAAACCAAUGAUGAUCAAUAAUUAUGAAAAAAAGUCUAUAUAUUUUCAUUCAUAUUAAAGGCACAAUUUGUUUUAGUCAU